AUGCCAAUCGCACUAGCUGACGUGGAAAUGGAUAACACUCCCACCGGCAUUCGUCCAAACACCGUCUACAUCCCCUACUCCCCCGAAUACGCAGCCUCCAUGAGCUCCCACAACAAUACCCGCCGAACCGCUGCCAACGACUCCAACUGCUACUCACGCUGGAGCGCCUCUGGGAACCGGGCUCUGGGCCGUGUCGUCACAGGCAACGAUGGCGACGACAGCUUCAGCGACUCAGAACCUGACAGCGACGGCAAUGGCGACAUGGAACUCGAGGAAGAGCCUGACUUUCAGUAUACGAUUUUCGUUGGACUGCCGCUGGGAACUCCCCGCGAGCAUAUCUGGAUGGUCCUCAACAGGGCUCGUAAUACUGUUCUGGAUAAACUCACCAACUGCCAGUUUGACUCUACGGCGCUCAAUGUCCAGAACGGCUCGUGGGUGCUUAGGUGUGACGCUAAGUUUAAGGCCGAUACCAUUACCAUGACUGGUGAAGGUGAUGAGAUGGAAUAUGUACUGACUUCUCUCGAGCAGUGGCUUUAUACGCUCUUGGAUAUGCAGGUUCAGGGUGCGGAUAUUAAUAUCCCAUGGAUGGCUGGACCCUGGUCCAUGAACUGGCUGCUGUUCAUGCUGUGA